GGCGAAUGCGCCAACAAGUUUUGUGUUUGGUCGUCUCAACGAAUUCGAGCCGUUCAAACGGCAGCAUCUCUACAAGAGUGUAGUACUCACAUCGAGUACUGGAAAGUUUUGGAUGACAUCGAUGUAGGUAUCUGUGAAGGCUUGACGUACGACGAUUUCCAGACACGAUAUCCAAAGCAGUUCGCUGAACGUGAAAAUGACAAAUACCACUUCCGGUAUCCAAGUGGAGAGAGCUACGAAGACUUGGUGUCACGGCUUGAGCCCGUGAUUAUGGAACUGGAAAGACAGUCAAAUAUUCUUGUCAUUUCUCACCAGACGGUAUUGCGAUGUAUCCUUGCGUAUUUCACCAAUAAGAGUCCAGAUGAAUUACCGUAUCUCGAUGUUCCACUGCAUACCGUAAUCAAGCUGACGCCAAAAGCCUACUCAUGUGCUGUGGAAAUGUUUAAGUUUGACGUCGAAGCCGUGAACACCUAUCAUGACAAGCCAGAGAAAACUGUAUGUUAA